CUUCUCUCGACACAGCACCACCGGGAAAUAAGAAGAAGAAGUAGAAGUAGCAGCAGAAGAAGAAGAAGAAGAAGAAGAAGAAGAGAGAGAUGCAGUUUAUACACCGACACCGGCGGAAGAUAGCGGCAGCGGUGGGUGUUGCGACGGCGGGGUAUUACGCGUACACGUACCUGAAGACAAAGUUGGAGGACUGGCAAGCCUCGUUGACGAGUGGAGUUACGAAUAAAGAAAAUUUGAGAAGACGGUUCGAGCAGAAUCAGAACGACGCGUCGUUCACGGUCGCGGCUUUACUUUCCUCGCUGACUGAUCCGCUGAUGGAGACGAUGCCGGUCGAGGAGAUCACGCGGGAGUUACAGGCCAAGCAGCGGAUCGCGUCAGCAUCAGCGUCAGAGACGGGAUCUGUUGCGUCGUCGUCGGUGACGGCGGAGGAAGCAGCAGGGGGAGGGAAGGCGAGGAGUAAGAAGGAGAUGUGGGAGGAGAUCAAGAUCAUGUCCGUCACGCGGGCAGUAUCGAUGAUGUACGCGACCGCACUGCUCAUCUUCUUUACGAGGCUGCAGUUGAAUCUCCUAGGGCGGAAGAAUUAUCUCGACUCGGUGCUCUCGCUGAGCGAGGAGGUUGCAGAAAACGAAGCGGAGGAAGAGGAAGAGUACAAGAGGCAGCAGAAAGAGGUGGUUGAUAAUGAGGUCAAUCGCCGGUUUCUGACGUAUAGUUGGUGGUUGCUGAAUAACGGAUGGCAGGACCUCGUUGCUGUCGUGCAGCGGGCUACUAUCAAGGCAUUUGAAGACGUCUCCCCCCGCUCCGAACUCACAUACUCCGACUUCUCCUCCCUCCUCACGCAAGUCCGCGCAUCCGUAUCCUCCCAGACAUCACCCUACCUCACCCUCCUCCUCCCCCGCACCCGCUCCGAAGAACACAACGUCCUCGACCAAAACCCCGACCCGGAUUUCUACUCCACCCCCGCCCUCGAGCGUCUGAUCACCCCGCGCUUAGACAGUUUACUCGACGAAGCAAAAGAUCUAAUCGAGAGUCCUAACGCCGCGGGCGUGGUCGCGGGGUUGCUGGAUCAGGCGUUCGGCGUGCUGCUGUCGAGUUUGCAGGUCGCGUAUUUCUACGACGAGCAGCAGCAGCAGCAGCAGGAGAAGAAAGUCAGGUUGGCGAAUUUGUUGGCGGGGGUCACGAGGCAGUCGCAUGAGAUGACGAUCGCGAACAGUCAGGCGAAUCAGUAUCUUCUCGCCAUGAACGCGACGACAGAGUUGAAGAUGUUUAGCGCGGUGGUGUAUUCAAACUACGGGACGCUAGGAAGUUUAGUAUAAAGAGAGAAUCAUAUUGACAUGCACAGACAGAAUGGCAUCGACUACAAGUAAAGAUCAUAGUAUAUACGUAUACAGUCGCAACGACAGAGUUAAAGAUGUUUAGCGCGGUUGUGUAUUUAAACUACGGGACGCUAGGAAGUU